UUAGCAUUAACGAAACAAAAGAAAAGGAAAAUUUGCACUUGUGGGUUCUUAUUUCUCUCUCUACUGCACCCCCACCCCUCUUUACCUCUUAUCUGCUCCCCUUUUCUUGCUCAUCUUAACUCAUAAGUCCCCAAAAGCAGAUCCAAGGUGGUUGUUAAUCUGUCAAUUCACUACAAUCAAUCAACUCAACUCAAAUCAAUCAAUCAAUCAUACCACUAGGAUCCACACCCCACAUAAAUCUCCAAACAAACUAACCAAAAAACAUGUCCAUCUCCUCCACCACAACCUCCCCGACCGUACCACAGCUCCUCCACCACCUCCCUCCUCCUUCAUGCUCCGAUCAGCUCUGCUAUGUCCAGUGCACUCACUGCGAUACCGUCCUCGCCGUGAGUGUUCCUUGCACCAGCUUGUUCAAGACAGUGACAGUCCGGUGUGGUCACUGCACGAACCUCCUUCCCUUGAGCAUGCCUGGGUUGCUGCUGCCACCAUCAGUGAAUCAGUUUCAUAUUAGUCAUACUAAUUUCUUUUCUCCUUCUAAUCAUACUCUGCUGGAUGAUCAAAUUCCGACUGGGGGUUCCAACUUUCUCAUCAAUCCGAAUUACGCAAAUGAGUUUUCGUUGACUGCUCGUGGAGGAUUUAGGGAGCUUCCAAAACCCCCUGUGACUAAUAGACCUCCAGAGAAGAGACAGAGAGUCCCCUCCGCCUACAAUCGAUUCAUCAAGGAAGAGAUUCAAAGGAUCAAAGCUGGGAACCCUGACAUUAGUCAUAGAGAAGCCUUCAGUGCUGCUGCUAAGAAUUGGGCCCACUUUCCACACAUUCACUUUGGUCUCAUGCCUGAUCAGACGACUGCUGUGAACAAGAGCAGCAUGCGCCAACAGGAUCACACAGACGGUGGCUUCAUGAAAGAUGGUUUCUUUGCUUCUGCAAAUGUGGGCGUCUCUCCUUACUAGCUACCAACUCUCUCUCUCUCUCUCUCUCUCUCU